AUGGAAAGCGACAAGAAGUACAGUUGGGUUGAACUUGAGGAAGCGGUGACUAAGAAAAUGGUCGAGGAGUGUAAGCUAGACGCAUGUUUUGAUCUUUUUUUGAACAACAUUAAACAGCGCCAUGAUUACAAAUCUCUCCCUGACCUAGCAACCCUAUCGAAGGAACACGAGGGGAGCUACAAAGAGCUACAAACCCGUCUUAAUCGUUUGCUGCCUGGUUAUCUAGACAAAAACGAAUCGAAAAUCAUGGAUGAUACCAAGCUGCAGUGGAAAUUGGAGUCCAGAUGGCGCCAGGUGAGGGAUAGAUUCGGAGAUAGUGACGGAUGCGACUCUUUUCAUGAGACUCUAUGGAACAUUUUGAUGGAUCAGCGAUACCGAGAACAAGUGCUCAAGGACGAGACAGACAGCUCGUCGUCGAAUCACAUAGCAAGAGUGGAAGUGUCUCGUCAGUUGAAGAACCUUAUUGACGCUCAAAAAUCAACAAUACCUUUCUCUUGUGGAGGCAGUAUUCCAAUUCGCGGUCCUGACGCCACGGAUAACUCUGAUUCUGCUCGCCGUAAAUUUUCGGGUCCAGUGAAAAUCUUCUGGGCAACUAGCAAUGAUUCAAAGGCAAGGAAUCUGGUUCUACCAAUUGACGACACUACAUUGGAGUCCAGCCAAUCCACACUUCAACAGCUAGUUGAUGAUUGUCCCCUGGCAACUUUUGGAAGAGGACAGAAGGAUGUGUUCGAUCCAGAGUACCGCAAGGCUGGCAAGAUGGACCCAUGUCACUUUUCGACGACAUUCCAUCCGGCCAAUUUUGGUAUCAUAGAAAAUAUUGAGCAAAGAUUGCUUCCGAGCAUCAGCACAACGACUCAGAACAGCCUCGGAUUUAGGAAGCUAACGGCCGAACUAUACAAAUUGAACGUAUAUUCGGGGCCAUCCGGGCUAUUUCGCAAACAUGUUGAUACUCCGCGAUCGGAAAACCAGAUCGGCUCCCUCGUGGUUUGCCUACCAGCUCGAUUCAAGGGAGUAACUUUCAUUGUCCAACAUGACGGAAACAGUGUAGAAUUUGAAUGGAGCAAUACAAGUGAUUCAGUCAUUCAGUGGGCUGCAUUUUAUAGUGACUGUGAGCAUGAAAUCAAGACGGUUUCUGAGGGCCAAAGAAUAACCCUGACGUAUAAUUUGUAUGUAACUGAGCCGGUGGGAUUGAAUGAUAGCCCGGACAAUGGAAUUGUCCAGGCCCAGUCACUGCCCCUUUAUGGUUGGUUAAGAGACGUCACAUAUAAGGAAGAAUUCACGGAGAAGGGAGGCGUACUUGGGAUAUACUGCUCCCAUUCUUAUCCGCACAGCUCGGGAAUUGCGAGGCUUCAACUCCCCAGAGGAUUGAAAGGUUUGGAUCUUUUACUGUUUUCAGUGUUUCGGUCACUUGGAUUGGAAGUCGAUGUCCUACCUGUGCUUGAAUUCGGGGGACGAUAUGGACCAGGAAAUCGCGAGCUCGAGAACGAUGGCGUUGUCAAGUGUAACAAAAAGAGGUAUAUGGAAGUUUGGGAAGACUUCGAUGAAUUACUAGGUUACCUGGAUACCGGGGAACUACCUGAAGAUAUCGAAUACACGGAAUUUCUUCCCCAAAAAGUCCACAGCAUGAUAGAGGUUGACCAAUACUGGAAGCUUCUAUUCAUGUCACGUCGUGUUAAAGGAAUAACCGAAGCUUCUAAAGACAGAGACGAAAGUGGACUGUACACGACCGAAGGAUCGCGAGUCGGGACAACGCGCAAACAGUAUUUUGUCACUGACAAAGCACAGGAGGACGAAGGAGAAGGGCUGGACGAGGCGAGCAACAGUGUAUGGCCAGCUUAUUAUCUCCCGGGUAUUAUGUGGGUAAACGAACCCCAACACGAGGAAAUGGCCUUUACUCAACUUUCAUAUGGAAACGAAGCUUCGGUGAAUACCCGCUAUUCUUGCGCUGCGAUCCUGGUAGCAAUUCCGCCUCUCAAUCAACGUAAACGGAAACGAGAUGCUGCGUGCUGA